AUGACCGCGAUCGUGUCUCAGUUCGACACAGCUCACACGGCACCAAUUCUGGACACCCAGCUGGAUGAGCUCUGCCUCAGACUGGCGACGGCGUCAGCAGAUGGUUUGGUGAAGUUGUGGGAUGUGCAAUCGCCAGAGGACCCCAUCUUCCUCUGCGACUUGGAUGGUCACACUGGUCCAGUCCGACAGGCCUCCUGGGCUCCUGUCGGCACCGGAGCUGGUGCGCUCUUGCUGACCGGAGGAGACGAUGGACGCGUGUUGUUGUGGGGUCCAUGCCACGAUGCAAAGAGGUGGCAACUCGUUCACGAGGAGGACUUGAGCAGACAUGGAGAAGUCAAGGCAGUGUCCUGGGCACCGGUGAAUGUGGGAGCCGCAUUUGCGUGUGCACUCAGCGAUGGAACCGUCACAGCGACGAUCCAUCAGGGCACAGUGCGGUCGGGCCAGAGCUUGGAAAGCUGGCUGGAGCUUGUCGAUUUCUCAGCUGUCGAUGAACAAAUGGCUGUCGAAGCCUUGCUUCAGCUGGUGAUGAUGGUGAGCAGCACAUUUGUUCGUUUGAGCGAUUUUGUCCCCAAACGCCCUGCAGAUGCAAGGUCUACGGGUGUGGUCCAUUUUGGAUGCCGCGGCCCCGAACGACGAGACGCCGCACACAGCGAGACGCGCGACGCGAGUGACCCGUCGAGCACGUGGGUGGUCGAAGACCGAGUGAACCUCGAGGAGGAAGUCUGGAAGAUUGAAUGGUACCAAGCUGGAAGCCAGCUUCUGGUCACCUGCGGUACCAAGGAGUAUCGGAGCAUCCUGCUGAAGCAACAGCUUUCGGGAAAGUGGGAUGUCAUUGAUCUGAGCGGAGACGUGACGAGCCAGUGA